UUCAGUUGUUGAGUGGACGAAACGACGAUCACACGUGCGAAUCAUAGCGGACUUGAACGUUGUUUUUCAAGCGCUCAAACAGCAGACACGGAAAAGCUGGGUCUGUGUACUAUAAAUAGCGGUAGUGUUGAACGUUUGCACUCAAGAUAGUCAAAGAGUAGUGAAAAUAAGUGAAAUAAUACAACAAAACUAAGUAAAUGUAAAUAUCAAAGAGUUCCACGCUUUCAAGCUCUACAUACAUAUGCAAAAUUUGAUCUCCAAGCAAAAUGCACAGAAUAGCCGGAAAUAAGCUUAAAGAGAAUACUCGGUUGUUUAUCUUGCUCAUACUAAGCGCUUUUAGCGCUGCGAAACAGUACAACGAGGGAGAUUUCUGUGAUCUUGCGGGUUACAACGGAACAUGCUUAAGAGCCACAAAAUGUUCUCACUUACCGGCCUUGGCGCAUACCUGGGGUUUGAGACGAGAGCAAAUUGGUCAUUGUGGUUUUUCGAUGAUGGAAGAAAUAAUUUGUUGUCCUUUACCAAAACUGCAAAGUCCAGUUCCCAACAUUUUAGAAGAAUUUAAGCCGACCGAAACUUGUGCGUUACCUGAGGAGAGUAGUGAAAAACCUAGAGCAGGCAUACAAAUAGAGACUGGGCGUUCAAAUGCUGACAGGGCCGGAGACAAUGCAAACGAGGAAAGCAAUAUUCUUGAUAGCAUAUUUAAAAAAUAUGUUAAACCGAUUGUGGCUGUGAACGAAAACGAGCGAAUAAAAAUGCCAAACGGAAAUGCAAAUGAAAGACUAAUCCAACUGUUUAAUGGAAACGUACCGAUUCAUGGUAAAGCCGAGGGCAGCAUAAAAGGUGGCAAUGAAAACCGUGUGCCCGCUGGAAAAGUUGGACAACGAAUGCAAGAGAUUGACAUUUCCGCGCCUAUCUGGAACGUGAAAGCUGAUACACCAUGUGAGACGAGACACUAUAAUGGCACAUGCAAGACAAAAAUACAGUGCAGACAUUUAGCCGCUAGCUUGGCGAACAUGCGUUUAAAUGAUACGGAUGUGGCUCAUUGCGAUCAAGAAGAUAUAAUUUGUUGUCCCAAUAUUGAGCGACCAGCUGUUCGUGCCUGUCGAGACAUUGAACGCAGUUUAGGGCCAUAUCAAGGGGAACAUGUUAUCGGUGGCUAUAAAGUGUCCGCCACGGAAUACCCUUUUAUGGCUCACAUUUUUUAUGACCGUCCCGAUUAUAUCUGUGGUGGCACAUUGAUUCACGAUCGUUUCGUGCUAACAGCAGCGCAUUGUGUCGUAGUGAGAGGAGGCAAAGCUAUAAAAGUAACUUUGGGUGUUGCUAAUAUAAAUGAUCCUAAAGAAGCGCGCUAUCGGCAAGCUAUAGAUAUUAAGAGAACGAUUGAGCAUGAGCAAUAUUCCAGCUUUUCAAACUAUUUCGACAUAGCAGUGAUUGAAUUGGCUAAAGCGGUCGAAUACAGUCUAACCGUUAAUCCGACAUGCCUGCAUACCGAUCAAACAGAGUUACCUGACGGCAUUGAACUAACUACGGCUGGAUGGGGAAAGACCGAGAGUGGAGGGACCUCAGAACAUUUAUUAGCGGUGCAGCUGAAUAAAUUAUCGCUUGCACAAUGUAAUCAAAGUUAUGCGUCUAGAAUUGGACGUGCUAUAAAUCAUGGCAUUGAAGAUACACAACUCUGUGCGCUUGCGCACGGAAAGGAUUCGUGUGGCGGUGACUCCGGUGGCCCUUUACUCCUAAGUGAAAAUGCGGCUUAUAACAGCUACAGAGUCGUCGGGAUCGUUUCCUUUGGUUCAGAAGUAUGUGGCGGUACUAUGCCGGGUGUAUACACCAGGGUGUCAAAGUUUUUGGAUUUCGUUGAAGCCAUUGUCUGGCCGGAUGAACUGCACUAAAGUUAGUGCAUAUUUACACAGUAUACAUCAUAAAUUAAUAGACAUAUGUAUAACUAAGUUACUUAAAAAUAAACUACAACUAUUUUAAGUGUUUGUAAAGUAAAAAGAAAAUCUAUGAGAAUUAUAAUAAUAAAAUACA